AUGUUGCCAGUGCAAGAACAAGCUGAAAUCAUCCACAAGGUCCGUGGUUGUUUGCAGAAAUAUGAGUCGAAAUUGAGCGACAUAAACCAAAAGAUAUGGUCGGAUCCAGAGCUGGCAUUCAAAGAGUAUAAUGCCCAUGACCAUAUUUGUGAGGUCUUCGAGUCGCUCGGAGCCGAGUAUCAAGUCCAAAGAAAGGCUUAUGGGAUUGAAACUGCCCUCGAAGUUACAUACAAACAGGGAAAUGGUGGCCGAGUGGUGGCGUUCAACGCAGAAUAUGAUGCCUUGCCAGGCAUGGGUCACGCAUGCGGACACAAUUUGAUCGCUACCAGCUCCAUUGCUGCGUUCCUGGCUACUUGUGAAGCAAUGCGUUCGAUCUAUGCUGAUCAAUUUGGAUACACCGUUCGUCUUCUCGGAACUCCGGCCGAAGAGGGUGGUGGUGGAAAGCUCUUACUGAUCAAUGCCGGAGCAUACAAGGGCGUGGAUGCUUGCUUCAUGGUGCAUCCGUUCCCGGUUCUUUCUGGGGCUCCAGAACUUAUCAGCUCCAGUUCUUGUUCCGGUCAGUAUCUUGCCAAUGACAAGGUUGAGGUGACAUUCACGGGCAAACCUGCCCAUGCCUCUGCCGCUCCGUGGGAGGGUAUCAAUGCCCUCGAUGCUGUUGUGUCUGCGUAUGUCAGUAUAUCUAUGCUGCGACAGCAGAUCCUACCCACGCAGAAAAUCCAUGGUGUUGUUUUGCGGGGCGGAGAUAGACCUAAUGUUAUCCCUGCUUCUACAACGGUCGAAUACUACAUUCGGUCGGACACCGUCAAGACAUUGAAGCCCUUGACCGAUAAGGUGUUGAAAUGCUUCGAGGCGGCGGCUACUGCCACGGGCUGUACUGUGGAGUUCAAAUGGGAGGCCUCGUACAAGGAUAUGAAGAUCAACAAGCCCAUCUGCGAUAGCUAUGUUUCCGCCAUGAACGCCAUGGGCCAUAAUACAAUCUUUGACGCCGUGGGACAGGAUGGAGGAUUGAGCGGAGGGUCCACUGACAUGGGCAAUGUUUCGUAUGAAGUGCCGGGCUUCCAUGGUGGAUUCUACAUUCAUACCGAUGGCGUUAACCACACGCCGCAAUUUACUGCAGGGGCAGGGUCGGAGGAAGGGUUCAGGCGUAGUUUACAUUGUGCGGCGGGAAUGGCGGUGGUGGCGACGAGGGCUUUGGUCGACAAAAGCUUUGCCACUGCGAUCCAAUCUGACUUUGAAAGGGGCCUAUGA